UACGCACACGCUACCGAGGCGCGAUCACCAUGGGCAUCAUCAUCACGAGCUGGUGCCAUCAUCAUCAUCAGCACUUGUUCAGCCACCUCCCGAGCAUCUCAUACUGUCCAACGGGAGCGUUAAUCAAGAUCAUGUUCGAUGUUCCUUUGACAGCGCACCGGCCACCGGUGGUCUGAACCGUCGCAUGUCGGCUCACGCCAUCGUGCUGCACUCGGACAAACAUGCCACCGUCCCACCAACACCGAGUCAGCAGCAUCAGCAUCAGCAGCAGCAGCACCAACAGCAACUCGCUGGAGGAUUGCCAUUGGUACAAGGGCUGCAGCAGCAACAACGACGUGCCUCGUACGCCUUCGUUACACCGGAAACGCAUUCGCUGACUAAGCGUCACUCGGUACCGCAUCAGCAGAUCCAAAAAGUGCAACCGAUCAUGCAGGUACCACCACCUCAACAACCUCAACCACAGCCAUGCACCGGGCCUGUCGUAGCACCACAGAAGCCACUAGGUGGCCAUACGGCGACCGCACCAACGACGGCUACGCAAUCCUUCCAACCGCUGAUCAAGCCACAGCCGCCUCAGUUCUCGCAGCCCUUCAUCACGCAACCGACGCCAUCGUGCCCGGUAACGCCAUCGAACAUUCAGCAUCCGUUGGACAUGCAGGACGACACCAAAUCCUCCUCCUCGUCCGAUGCCAGCUGCUCGACCUGCGAUUCCGAGAGUGAGCCCGAGCUGGAUCAGGAGCGUCCUUCUGGUGAGGAGCGCGAAAUCUUUAUCGACUUCAAACCACGCGUCUCGCCCGUCCCAUCGCCCGGUGCGGUCAAGAAGAAGAAACUCCAAAAGUCACAAUCCGAAGGUGCACGGAGCCACGGGGAACUGUUCCAGGAUAGCGAUCCGAACUCGCUGGCCAGUGACGAGGAAGAGGACGACGAUGGUCCGUCGGAGGUAGGACCGAAUGGAGGAUUCCAGGAUUUACCGGGUGUUCCACCACCGCCACCCAGUGACUAUCACGAUGCGAGUGAAAGCUUUGACCCCGAGAGCAUGUCCCGGGCACCGGUUAGCCAAGUCGAUCGACGGAAAGAGUGCUUCCGGAAGCGCUCCGUAAGUCUCGAUCAACCGACCAGCGGUGAGCAGGAAGAAGAACAGCAGCAAGACGCAGACAAACUGACGAUGGUCGGUAAGGGCCGACGUGCCUCGUCCAGAUCGCACAUCCUACCGAAGCAAUCCAUACCGGGGCGACACCUAUCGGCACCACCAUCACCCCAGAAGGAAGCGGCCAAGGGUGGUGGCGUGAAGUCUGGCACCUCGCCCGGUUCACCGUUCCACUCGUCCGACUCACUGGCGAACGAUGGAACCCGGGACACGUCAGACGGUAACUGGAACGAAUCGCAGGCCACCAUCAUGACCACCAGUUUGGCCGAGAACGGGAAGCUGACGCCGACGUCCAAGAGGAAAAACUUGCUGCUACAGCACCAGCAGCGCAGCUCGAUGGAUACGGACGUGCUGGAUAUGGAGGAUAUCGCUGAUCAGCCUCUACCACCGUUACCGGUGACGGUGGCCGGUAGCACGUUGCCCCUGCAGACGACGACAACGGCGAGCGGUGUGCAACAACCGAACGGAACCGCUGGUCAGCAUGCGGUCGGCAUCGUGAAACCGACGACACCCUCGAUCGCCGUCAUACCCUCGCAGAGCAUGGAACGGGAAGACCGUGACCUUCAGUGGGCACAAAAGUCAGCGACCCUGCGCCGUCCCUCGCGCCCCCUAUCACCGUCGAAGCGAGCGGCGCGCAGUAACAGCGAACAGAAGCAGAAGUUGCAGCAUAAAAUCGAACCACUCGUUCAUCGCUCACCACAGGACGCACAACAGGAGCGCUUCAGUGGCGGGCAGAAGGAAGACUCGAGCAGCACACCGUCCUCGGCUUCGGUGGCCGCUGGUGCCGGUAGUGGGAAGAGCACUCCCCUCGGCGGUACCCAGCAACCAGCUCAUUUGCCCGGUCAAAGCAAGCACACGGCCGUGACCCCCGUUGGACGCCCUCCAUACACGAAAGGAUCGCCCGGCAAUGGAGCGAUCGAUCUGCUCAAGGAUCACGCACAUCAUUAUCAGGAGUCGAGCUAUGGUGGUCCCGCUCCCGGUGCCGGUGGUGCGGGGUCGGAGGGUAGCACCACCGAGGACUACGUCACCUGUACCGACAACUCGAAACGGGGCACCUCGGGAGCUAAAGGUACAUACAAGGCGAAGCACGCCACUAGACCCCAGACCACAAAACCACCAACAGCCACCACCCAGGACGGAUCAUCGUUCGAAAGCGCUUCCUCUCUCUACAGUCUGGCCCGGGUCGAUGCGGUAUGCGAGGAGACACCACCGAUCGAGGAGCAACCAUCGAUGCUCUCGGCGAUAGUACAGCUACCUCCACAGCCACCCCUUCCGAAACCCUCGCCAACGCACUCCGUCAGCAGCAGUUCGAGCGAUAGUUUCAGCGUCGGCAAAAAGAGCUCCCCUUCGCGA